AUGGCACGUCGUCGUCCCCUAUGCAUAUUUCUCUCUCUCUUGGGCCUUUUUCUCCUUGGAACAGUCGUCGUUCUCUCCUCUAUAACUUAUUACCUUUCCAUUGACCCUAAUGCCUAUCUUUCCGAGGACCAAGUACCCAUACUUGGGCGAUACGACCGGUGGAACGCCUCAGAACACGGCCAAGUUGAAAGAAUCCCACGAAUUCUCCACCAGACAUGGCGGACAGAGACCCUUCCCGAAAAAUGGAGGCCAGUUUCUCAAGAAUGUCGGGAUUUGAUGCCAGAUUACACUACCCUUGGUUUUUGGAUACAUUCAACGAUUACCCGAUAUCCCAUUCAGCGGGCAGACGCCAUCCGCUAUUUCAUUCUUCAUCACUUUGGUGGUGUCUACUUGGACCUCGACAUUGGAUGUAAACGUCCUCUAGACCCCCUCCUGGCCUAUCCUGUCAUCCUUCCAAAAACAAUUCCCGUGGGCAUCUCGAACGACCUCAUUUUCUCCGAAAAAGGACAUCCGUUCAUGGCUCAAGUUAUACACAGCCUCGUUACAUUCGAUCACUCAUGGGUACUCAACUAUCCAACUGUGAUGUUCUCCACGGGACCUAUGUUCCUUUCGGCGCAAUACAGCAUUUUCACUUCAUCCCACGCUAGUGCCGUCAGUGAUCCUAUCCGUGUCCUCCCAAAGUCAUUGUAUGGAAAAAAUGCGAAGGAGGGAGAGGCACCACAUUCCUUCUUUUCACAUUUCUAUGGAAGCAGUUGGCAUGCUGAUGAUGCUGCUUUCAUUGGUUUCCUUGGCCAUUGGGGCAAAGUGUUGAUGUGGAUUGGUUUGAUCGUCCUCUUAUUGGGAUUGCUAUCUAUUGCGUUCCCUGGUAAACAACGCAGAUAUAGCUUGCGUCGUAUUGGUGGAUACGAAGUUCCCUUUCCCCGCUGGUCUUCAGGGACAGGCCACUGGCAUUUCGGUUCUUCAUCUUCAUCUUCAUCCGACAGUGAUAACGACUCUCCUAUCGACCCGGAUGUUCCUGUUUUGCAGCUCCCAUUUGAUGUCCGACCGAGCUCCCCAACAUUAUCAGAUACAUCAACAGAGCCGUAUGCUGGCCGUCCAUCCAGUCCUUUGGUUGACGCUUUCCGGCGGUUGCGCAACAGAGUAGCGGCACUGACCAGUCCGCGAGAAGACGUCCCUCGAACACCAUUCCGCAAUAGACGCCAACGUUAUAGCCGUGGUGUUUUAUUCUUCCUUCCCGCGAUAUUCACGCAGUCACAAGACAUUGAGCUUGGUCCUGCCCCUGCAUAUUCAGAUCCACAAGGGCCGCUGCUACCUCGUCCUUCCUCGCGUGCGCGUGUUCAGUCUCCUUCAGACAAACUCCGUCAGGAGGACUCUAGAUCAGGAAGUGUCGAGGCCCGGACUCCAUUGUCGGAGGGAACUUCCAACUCGAGGUCGUCCCCCGAGAAUAGCACCCUGAUUGACUUUGGUCAUGAUUCCCGCCCGUCGUCGUCAUCACACCACACGCGGUCCCGCAGCUCACCGCAUCGAGAAUCAUAGGAAUUUCCGUGACCUAUACCACGUAUUUAACCGACGACUGCUUCAGAUGGGGAGUGAUUUUAUUACACAGUAUACCCAUUGCGUAUCCUAUGACACUGGCUCCGUGUACCAAUUAUUCCAACUCCUCCUGUACGGUCAAAUUUAUAUUUAGCAGCUAUACUUAGGUAGCAAGGGACAUACAAUAGAACAGUAUCUUAUAUAUGUUGGUUACAAGAGUUGUCACUAGAGCGCAAUAAAUAACCCUUCCUUUCCUUCGUUUUUCUAUGCCGGCUUUGCGAUGCGUUUCAUGCCAGAACUAAGGACGAACAUUGCGAUAGCAGCACCGGCGUACGUGUAUGAUGGA